UUUGAUUUGACUAAAAAUAGAUUAUUCAUGCCUAAAUUGACAAAUUUAUAAAAACUUACUUACUUGUGACUUAAUUCCAAAAAUCGAACCAGAUCAAUUAGGUGCGGAACAUACCCACCAACCAACCCUUCUAUCCAACUCUCCCUCUCCCCUGCUGCAACCCAGUCAACUGCGUCCUUGCCUCCUUGGAGAUAUCCCAAAAGACUCCUUUUCUAGAUCAAGAGAAGGCCCGUUUAAACCCCAAAUUGACACCAUUAUUGAAACUUUCUGUAGCUCUUUUCUAAUCUCCUUGCCCACAUAUUUCCCCACAACCCCAACAAAAAGAUUGAAGCUUCGUGUUCUACAGCCUUCUCCAACUCUGCCUCCACUCAACUGUCCUCACAACUCUCCUCCAAAGCUCCAAUUUGGGUCAUCUUGAAACUUCUGAAAAAGACAGGACUGUUGCUGUUUAGUUUUGAAGUUUUGGGUCUAGUGGCUUCUGAUUGUUUAUGUGCUCUGGAUUUUUUUGAUGAAUUUGAGAAUCUGGGUUUGAUGUACUCUGGAAAUCUGCUUUUAGCUUUGAUUGAUGGUCAAUUUUGAGAAAUCGGGUAUUGGGAACUGUUAAUGAGCAUUUUUUGAGUUGUGGGUCUGGUGCGUUCAACAUGUUUUGAAGCUCAUCAGAUGAAAUGGACAAUAAUGGGAUUAAUAGUUCUCCAAAAGAUUCAAUAGAUUUGGAAGGUAGCAGUAGCAGGAGUAUUUUUGUUGAUGCAUCAGUGGAAUUGGAUAAAAAGUUAGUGGGCGAAGUAUCUGAUGCUAAUGCCUUCAGACCGGCAGAGGAGGAUGAGAUGGCAGACACAUUUGUAGUGGGAAGUAAGUCUGUGAUUGAGCAGCUAGAACAUUGGAUGGUGAAUUCGGAUGUAAGUUCUACUAAUGGGGUAGAUUAUCAACAGUCAAAUUCGUUGCAGCAGUCAACGGUCUUGGAGAUUACUCCUUCGAAGGACUGGAGAGUUAGUCCUUCACCUUGGGCUCCAACGGGUUUGGACCAUUGUACUACUGCACCUGUGGGCAAAAAUCUCUUUUUUGAGAGCCCUGAGGUACCAUUUUAUAGAUCCAUGACCGAGAAGAGGGCGUAUCCAAGGCCUGACAUAAAUUUGAAUAGACUCACAGAGCUUGAGAAGAAAAAUCUCAUUGUGAACCUGGUGAGGAUUCAAAAUGACGGGACAGUGGAGGUUGAUCUAACUCAGAACCCACACGUAGCUUCAGAACUGUUAGAGCUUCGGUCUAUUGAAUUUCCGCCUAGUAAUAUUGAUUUCAUCCCCACUGAAUUGAAUAAAUCAGUUCCAAAAUUGAGAAUUGCAAUUCUCGUGGUUGGAACAAGAGGAGACGUUCAACCAUUUCUGGCAGUGGCAAAGAGACUUCAGGAGUUUGGUCAUCAAGUUAGGUUGGCUACUCAUAUUAACUUCGCUGCUUUUGUAAAGUCAGCUGGUGUAGACUUUUACCCGUUGGGCGGUGAUCCUCGCGUUUUGGCAGGAUAUAUGGCCAGGAAUAAAGGUUUGAUUCCAUCUUCACCAGGAGAAAUAUCUAUACAGAGAAAGCAGCUAAAGGCAAUUAUUGAAUCUCUUCUUCCAGCAUGCACUGAGGCAGAUAUAGAAACUGGAAAGCCUUUUCGAGCUCAAGCAAUUAUUGCAAAUCCUCCUGCUUAUGGACAUGCACAUGUUGCUGAAGCUCUUGGUGUUCCCAUCCACAUUUUCUUCACAAUGCCUUGGACGCCAACAUAUGAAUUUUCCCAUCCUUUGGCACGUGUACCCCAAAGCGCUGGUUAUUGGCUUUCAUAUAUAGUUGUUGAUUUACUUGUAUGGUGGAGCAUAAGGGGAUACAUUAACGACUUCAGGAGAAGGAAGUUGAAGCUUGAUCCCAUCGCAUACUUCAGUUUGUACAGCGGGUCAAUAUCUCAUUUGCCAACAGCCUAUAUGUGGAGUCCUCAACUUGUGCCAAAGCCUAGCGAUUGGGGUCCCCAAGUCGAUGUAGUUGGUUACUGUUUCCUGAACACGGGGUCAAAAUAUCAACCUCCUACAAAGUUUGCUAGAUGGAUUCAACAAGGUCCUCAACCUAUAUAUAUUGGGUUUGGCAGCAUGCCUCUUGAAGAUCCCAAGAAAACCACAGAUAUUAUUGUGGAGGCAUUGGAGAAUACAGGACAAAGGGGAAUCAUUGGUCGAGGUUGGGGGGACCUCGGUACACUGCUUAAGAUUCCUGACAGCGUGUUCGCUCUAGAGGAUUGCCCUCACGAUUGGCUGUUCCCUCAAUGUCUGGCUGUUGUACAUCAUGGUGGUGCUGGAACCACAGCUACAGGAUUAAGGGCUGGGUGUCCAACAACCAUAGUCCCGUUCUUUGGAGAUCAGUUCUUUUGGGGUGAGAGGAUUCAUCAAAAAGGACUAGGGCCCGCUCCAAUCCCUAUAUCUGAGUUGAAUGUUCAAUCCCUGUCAGAUGCUAUAAGGUUCAUGCUCCAGCCAGAGGUGAAAUCUAGAGCAAUGGAAAUAGCGAAGUUGAUAGAGAAUGAAGAUGGUGUUGCGGCUGCUGUUGAUGCAUUUCACCGGCAUUUGCCCGAAGAGGUACCAUUGCCGAGGCCAUUGCCACUGGAAAAUGAUCGUCCAAACUCUCUCCAGUGGCUCUUUAUUCAAAUCGGGAAAUUAUGUUGUCUUCCUUGUUCAUAGGCUUUUUGCAACUUAUAGUACUACAUAUAGAUAUGCUUCAUUUUGGUUACUUCUUAUUGUAUGUUUUGUGUCUAUUUCAUCUUAUUCAUUUUAUUCAUGGCUUGAUGCUAUGUGUUUGAAAAUAAUUCCAUGUAUCAGUAUAGAUUUUCAACUUCUUCCAGACAAAGAUGAGGGUUCUUUUGUAAGGGUUUUGGGCAAUAGAGUUGUAAAUUAGGCUUGUUUUGUUGAUGUAAGUCGAGUGUUUUAUACCGAUUGCUGUUAUUUGCUCAGAAUCCUGUACUAACUCGAUAUUCUUUCAUAUAGACAAUGGUAGUUCUCAAAUUAUAUUU